AUGCAUAGAAUUAAUUCCAAAUGCAAGACUCUUUAUGAGACCAAUUCAGUUACACCUCCUUUAUCAUUGGAAACCAGUUUGUCAAAAUCUAGGAAUAAAAAUUCCUUUUUCGAAACAUCUAAAAGGUCACCUCAGAUGGUGGUUAAAAAUAGAAAAUUUGGUCAUAGGCAGAUCAAUAACACCUUGGGAAACGUCAAUAACAGUAACAACAGACGCAUCAAAUUCAGGGUACGGAGGUCACAUCAACAACAGUCUCAUAGUUCAGGGUACAUGGUCAGUAGAAGAAAAACUUCUCCACAUAAAUUCUUUAGAAAUGGAGGCAGUUUUUCUAACUGUAAAACAUUUUCUCCCAAAAUUGAUAAACAAAAAUGUUCUUAUUCGGUCAGACAAUUCAACCGUUGUUCGUUACAUAAACAAACAAGGAGGCACUCGUUCUCCCCAGCUAUGUAUGAGAACUUGGAAACUUUGGCAAUUAGCGCUAGAAAAUCAAAUUUUUCUGAAAGCUGCACACAUUGCAGGAAAAAAGAACAUUCUAGCAGACCAUUUAAGCAGGGUAAAAAUUCAACCAACGGAAUGGUCAUUAAACAAAGAGAUAACUCAUGCAAUGUUUCAGAUUUGGGAGACACCUCACAUAGAUCUUUUCGCCUCUGCGAAAAAUCGACAAACACAGAUCUAUUGCUCCUGGAACCCAGACUCUCAGGCUUAUGCAAUAGAUGCUCUAACAAUUCCUUGGAACAACAUGUAUGCAUAUGCUUACCCUCCAAUUUGUCUAAUACCAAAAAUACUACAACACAUGACAAAGUACAAUUGUCAGUUAAUUCUAAUAGCCCCACAUUGGCCGCGCAGACAUUGGUACACAAAUCUUCUGAAGUACAUAAUAGAUUAUCCAAGGAGCCUGCCAGUCAGGGAGGAUCUAUUACACCAGCCAAAAACAAACAUAUUUCAUCCAAAUCCAGCAGUAUUCAAUCUGACUGCAUGGUUUUUAUCGACAAACAGUUUAAAGAGAAAGGUUUUUCUAAAGAAACUAGAAAAUUACUCAGAGCCUCAUGGCGCUCUGGGACUCAAAAAGAUUACUCUGUCAAAUUUCGAAAAUUCAAUAGCUGGUGUAGUAGACGGGAAAUUGAUCCCUAUAGUGCCUCUUUGACGGAGGCGGCUGAGUUUUUGACAUUUUUAUUCUCAGAAGGUCUUCAGUAUAGAACCAUAGCUGGUUAUAGAUCUAUGUUAUCCUCAUUCCUAGCUCCAAUUGGGAAAAUUCCAGUAGGACAACAUCCUUAUAUAACUCGUCUUAUAAAGGGUGUUUUUAACUCGAGACCUCCAAAAGUAGUGCUUUUACCUGAAUGGGACUUACCCUUAGUUUUAAAAAAAUUAAAACAAGCACCUUUUGAACCAAUGAAACAUGCUCAUUUGAAGUUUAUUUCUUGGAAAACUGCAUUCUUAAUUGCAAUUACUUCUUUCAGGAGAUGCAGUGACUUACAAUCUUUGUGUAUUGGAGAAGAGUCGAUUGUUGUGCAGAAGAAAGGGGUAACUUUUGUUCGUCAUGGACUAUCAAAACAGGAUAGACCAAAACAUUUUGGCAGCAAGAUUUUUAUUCCGUCUUAUCAAUCAGAUAAAUUAUUAGAUCCGAAGCGGUCUAUUUAUUAUUAUUUGAAGAAAACUGCACCUUUUAGAAACUCUGACAGUGAGUUUGAGAUCAAGUUGUUUUUAUCUUUUAUUGAACCGCAUAAACCGGUUACAUCACAGACUAUUUCGUCUUGGAUUGUUAAUGCAAUUAAAUGUGCUUACAAUGAAAAAGACAAAAAAUUUCGUGCUCAUUCUACAAGAGCCUUGGGCCCAUCUUGGGCACUUUUUAACGGCGCAUCUGUGAAGUCUAUUAUGGACACAGCAGACUGGACAAAGGAAUCAACCUUUACUCGUUUUUAUUUACGUCACAUAGAUGUUGAAGUUUUAAAUUCUGUGUAA